AAGGAAUUAGAAAAUUCAACGCUCACAGCGCACGUGCAGUUGACUCCAUUGAUAUUGAGGUUAAAAAGUGUCAAAAGUGCAAAAAAAGCCGGUUUAUUUAUUAUUUUUCUAAAAUUAUUUACAAUGGAUCGGAGCAAUACGAUAUUUACAGCAAUACCGAAAUUUGAAAAUUUAUGCUGUAUUCGCUGUAUUUUUAGUAAACAUCAAAUUGAUCAUGAAAUUUUUGCCAAUGUCAAACAUUGUCAAGUUAUUUGCUGCAGGGAUAUUAUCAAGACUUUCCCUGGAGUGUUAGCUUCACCAGUUCCCAGGACACUAAACUAUGCUUACAUUGUAAUGUCGAAGGAAUUUUAUCAAACGAAAAAACUGCAGCAAUAUUUAGAUUACAGAAUAAUAAAUCACACAAGUUUGCAAAAGUUGACAGUGAAAAUUUUCAAGUUGUGUGUAAAAUACACGAUUACUUUUCACUUAAUGCCAAAUUGGAACAAAUGUCAUGAAUUUUUAUCCACCGGGCUAGACUUUAGAAAUCCUACAGAUGAAUUGGAUGCUGUGAAAUUAGACGUAACUGUCGAAGAUGAGGAGAUGAUUUUGAAAAUUACUCCGGCGAGAAUUAAAAUUUAUCCAUUGAAUUUAAAGACUGAUAAAGCAUCUGAAAAAUUGCACCAAAGAGAGAUAGCAUUUAUUUUACCCAGUUUCCACAAAUGCAAACUACUCGAAGUGUCAAAGAACAUUCCUCAAGGCAGUCAAUUUAAAAGUUAUGAUGUUUUUCGGGAUCACUGGAAACAUAUGUAUGGAAUCAGAUUGCCGAGGAAUCCGAAAAAUAUCAAUUACUACCUGGUCAGUAGUUCGGAAUCUGAGAAUUCAAUUCUCGUACAUCCGCACUUUUGUUUACAAACCUCACUGCCAACUACUGUCAAAUGCAACAACAAAAGUGAAAUUAGAAAUAAAUUUUUCAACGAUCUGAAAGCAAAUGUUACCCAAAUUUGCGACAAACCGGUUUCAUUUAAUUUUCAAAUUUCUGAAAAUUGUGCGAAUUCUUCUAAAUCAAUGAAGAUCGAUCAAUCACCAAAUUCCUCUCUCGUUAAAAAUCCCUGUUUCAACAGCAAUUUCACCACUACAAAAGCAUUUAAUUGUGAUCCAAAAAAUUUGAAGAGUCUUCUAUUUCAAAUGAAUGUGAACUCACCGACAAAAAGUUUGAGCAGCCACUGUUCGUCGUUUUCAUUUCAAAAUACAUUCCAAUCGAGUAUCAACAGUUCAAAACCACCCGAAUUCUCUGGAACUUAUUCGAAACAAGAUUUCGUUAAAAAUUGGCUUCUCAAUUCAUGUAGUUCACAAGUAAGUUCCUUAGAUACCGACAGUCCAACAAGUAAGGAGGAUGUUGAAAAAUUAAAAGACUCACCAUUAGAAACAAAACCAAUAUUCAAUGAAAUGAAAAAACCAUUUGUUCGUUCGAUUGAAAGGGUCAAUUUUCCUCUCUUAGAAUUAAAGAGACGAAAACAUUAGAAAACAAAGAAUCUAGAAGAGUAGAAAAAUAAAAUGAAUGAAAUGAAUAAAAUUCAAAUUCAAAUUCAAUAUACAUAUUAUAUAUUAUUAAAGAGAAAAUUAUUUUCAAAAAAUAAUUUUAUAAGCACAGAGAUUAAAAAGAACGUUUUUUAUUAGAAAUUUAUUCGAAUUUAGUAUUGAUAUUACUAAAAAGUGUAUUAAAAUUUAAAUGAAAAUAUUGUUAUUAUAAUAAAUACCACUAAAAUUUUUUUUUAUUACGUUACUGAGAACAAAAGAGACUAGUCAUGAUAUCGUAAGACUGUUAACUUAUUUUUAAGCUCAAAUUUUCUUAAGUCUUUUGUUGAUGAAAUUUACUAAAUGUAUUCAAUUAAUAAAAAAUUUAAUAAAAAAUCUAACAAUAAAUUUAAUAAUUAAAUUUACUAAUCAAAUUUUUCAUUCAUUCUCAGUAAAAAAAAGCUUUUUAGCUUAUAAAUUUUUAUUUUUUUUUUUCAUGAAUUAAUAUCGUCGAAAAAUGUAUUAGAGAAAACAAAAGAUUGAUUUUAGAGUAUUUAUUUUUAUAGAAUAGCGAUGAUACGUGAUGUAUCGAAAUAUAUACGUAUGUACAUUGAAAUAAUUAGAGUAGUAUGUACAAGUACAUCAAAUUACAAACACUAAAUAUACGUCGCAUCUUGUACAUUCUUUUUUUUUAUUUUAAAUCAUUACCAUUUCGUAAAGAUUGUACCGUUGUUAUCAGUGCUGAAAUAAUGGGCAGGAUGCGUGAGAUAUAUAUUUUUUUUUCUGAAAAAUCUCCGUUUGGCACGAUUUACUAUUUUUUUUUUUUGUUUUUUUUCACAAGAAUAAGAAUUUGGUCAGACUCAGAAUUCCUGAAAAAGAAAUGCAAUAAUUUGUUCCACGAAACUUGAAUUGGUUCAGUAUCAUUUUUCUUCGAUAUGCACUAUUUUACUUUGACCCUUUCAAACAAUAUGUGUAUAUAUAUAUCAUCUUAAACUAUUUUUCAUAAAAAUUGUGAUGUAUUUUUUCAUUAAAAAAUAAAUAACAAAAAGAAAAGGUUUCAUUUUUUUUGUAAGAAAAAUUAGAAAGAAGUACAUAGCGAUUGAUUUAUGCAAUGUAUAUAUUACAAAAUCAUUUCCUUUUUUUAUAUAUAUAUUUGUAUAACAAAAAAGCUUAAAAGUCUCAACCAAAAAAUCAUUUUCACUCAUUUAUUCAUUAAUCACUUGCACACUUUGAAAAAUUCGUUUUUUUUAUCUAAUUAAUUUUAAAAAAUUCUUCUGUUGAAUCGUCUUCGAGACAAAAAAAAAAGUUUAAUAACAAAAAAUAAUAAC